AUGGCCGCCGAAGUAGUGCAACAAAAGAUUGUGGAAAUAACUGAGGGGGAGGCAAAAAAAAUAGAGGAAGAAAAGAUUGUUGAAAUAUCUGAGGGGGAGGUUAAAACAGUUGAGAUCAAAAAAACUGAGGAAGUAAAGGUUGUUACGUCUGAGGAAGUAAAAGUUACGACCGAGGAGGUAAAAGUGGAGGAACUCGCCAGCGCGACCUCUAAAAUCUUGCACCUUGCCGAUGAUAUCAAUAAGGUAGCCACCACCGUGGAAUCGGAAGAGGAUUCGGACGAUGAUAUUCCAGAAUUGGAGGAAGAAGGCGUCAAUAAUUCGGGUGCUGUGCCUUCAGACAUUUCAAAGUUGCAAAGUCGUAGUGAGAAAAAGGCGCGAAAGGCAAUGUCGAAAUUGGGGUUGAAGAUUGUUCCUGGCAUCAAUCGUGUCACUAUCCGACGACCGAAAAAUAUCCUUUUUGUAAUCUCUAACCCGGAUGUGUAUAAAUCCGCAAACUCAGACUGUUACAUUGUAUUCGGAGAAGCGAAAAUCGAGGAUCUUAAUUCUCAAGCGCAAGCUAAUGCCGCUCAGCAAUUCCAGACUCCUGAGGCUUCCGUUACAGCUCAAGAAACUCCAAAAGUGGAGGAUGUAGAAGAUGAUGAGGAGGUUGACGACACGGGCGUAGAAGCUAAAGAUGUCGAACUGGUUAUGAGUCAAGCUGGCGUCUCACGUAGUAAAGCCAUCAAAGCCCUCAAGAAUAAUAAGAAUGAUAUUGUUAAUGCUAUUAUGGAAUUGACGGUAAUGUAA